AUGUCUACUUUAUAUACCACGCAGCAGAUGAAAGUGAAAUAUCGAUGUAUUAUUAUAAGUACAAAUACCUGCGCACCGGAUCACUUCGUAUAUGCCCUUGAAAGUGACAUUAGAGAGGCAAUUGAUAGCAGUGAUAUUGACAUUCUUGUUCCUGUGUAUUCCAAAACCUUUCUGCAGUCAAAUAUUUGCAUGAGAAACUUUUCUAUUGGGUCUGGGGGAAUGAAGCUUGAUACUUUGAAGCUUACGAGAGACCUAUUUGGGAAUGAGUACAAUGUUGAACAAGGGAUGGAGAUUGCUGUUCAGUAUCAGCCUCCCGCCACCAAAAUUCCCUUCGAUACCAACAACAAAUUUAACGUGUUUCUCAGCUUUCGCGGAAAAGAUGUGAGAACAACUUUUGUCGACCAUCUCUACGAAUCUCUCUCGGGAGAGGGACUUAAGGUUUUCCUCGACAGCGAAGAGCUGGAGAAAGGCAAAGAAAUCGAUUCAAAUUUGCAAGAAGCCAUUAAAACAAGUGAUGUUCUGAUCCCUAUAUUUUCUAAACACUAUGCAGAAUCAACUUGGUGUCUGAAGGAGGCUGCCCAGAUGUGGAGAUCCAAUGGCUUCAUCAUUCCUCUUUUCUAUGAUGUGGAGCCCUCUGAUGUUCGCUACCCUCAAAGAGAGGGAGGUCCAUUCGCCAAGGCAUUCCAAAAGCAUUACAGCCAUUUAGAUCAGCAGGAUGAGAAAACAAUCGAGGAAUGGAAGAAUGUUCUUCAACAAAUCUCUUCUCUUUCUGGUUGGACAAGGGCGGAAGAAUUCGGAUUAUAUUUGAGUUCAUGGCAUAGUACAGUGAGAGUGGGAGUCAGCGGUAUAGGCGGCGUCGGAAAAACCACCCUGGCCAAGGCUGUUUACAAUAGAAUUUAUGCUAGGUUUGAUGCUUAUUUCUUUGCACAGAAAAAAAGUACCCUUGUAGACUUGCAACGGGCAAUUCUAAGAAGAUUGGUAAAUUACCAUGGAGAAGUUUCAAGUGUUGCCGAGGGAAAAGCUCUGAUGAAAAACUUAUUGCAAGGAGUUCGUGCCCUUGUCAUUUUGGAUGAUGUGAAUGAUCUGAGUCACUUGGAUGCACUGAGUGGAGACUGGUGUGGGCCUGGUAGCAGAAUCAUCUUUACAUCCCGAGACCGACACAUACUCAAUCUUGCUAAAGUUGAUUCAAUUCUUAAUAUGAGUGGGCUAGGGAAGGAUGAAGCUCUUCAAUUGUUUUGUUGGCAUGCUUUCUCGAGGGCGUUUGCGGAGACCCCCUACAAAAAGCUUUCUACAAGAAUUGCAAGAGCCUGCAAGGGUCAUCCUCUUUCAUUACAAGUUAUUGGAGCAUAUUUGUUUGAUAAGAAAGAGCGGGAUGACAUUCAAUAUUGGGAAGAAGCUCUCCAUAACAUUUGGGGAAAAUCAAGAAAUAUCCAAAGUCCUUCGAAUCAGUUAUGA